AUCAGUUUCAGCUGAAUCCUUGGAGAAUAGGAGCUUUAGGUACGAUGUGUUUAUAAGCUUUAGAGGGGAAGAUACCCGUAAAAACUUUGUGGACCAUCUUUAUUAUGCUCUUCUCCACAAAAGCAUUCAUACUUACAAGGAUGAUGAGAGAAUCACUAAAGGCAAAAGGAUAAGUGAUGAGCUCGUCACAGCCAUCCACGACGCGAGGUUCUACGUCAUUGUCUUCUCCAAGAACUAUGCUUCUUCGUCAUGGUGUCUGGAUGAGCUUGUGCAGAUCAUGGAGGAGCGCCACAAGUCAACCAUCCAUACUGCUUACCCGGUCUUCUAUGACGUGGAACCCACCGAGAUCCGGAAUCAAACUGGGUCGGUCGGAGAAGCCUUUAGCAAACUUGGAAAACAAGAUCCCUCUGCUGCCAAAUGGAGACAAGCAUUGAAAGAUGCAGCGGAUCUGGCUGGCUGGGAGUUAAAGAACACUACUCUUAAUGGGCAUGAAGCUAAACUUAUUCAAAAAAUUGUUGAAGAAAUUUCGCUGGAGUUAUGUUUCAUUGAUUCGAAUAAUGACAGAAAUUUAAUAGGCAUGGAGUCACGGGUAAAGGAUGUUGUAUUAGCUUUACAAACUGAUCCGGGUGAUGUUCGUAUGCUAGGGAUCAAAGGGAUGGGAGGUGGAGGGAAGACAACUUUAGCCAGAGCAGUUUUUGAUCACAUUUCCAUUCAGUUUGAAGGUAAAAGCUUUCUUGAGAAUGUCAGGGAAGUUUCCAAAGCCUCUUUUUCUGGUUUGAAGAAAUUGCAAAAACAGGUCCUUUCAGAUGUCUUACAUGAUCAACGAAUCAAAGUAAGGAGUGUUCAUGACGGGAAAAACAUGAUGAGAAAGAUGAUGUCUGGUCGAAAAGUUUUAAUUGUUCUAGAUGACGUGGAUAAUAUAGAACAACUUGAGGCGUUGGCCGCUGAGCCUAAAUGGUUUAAGGCAGGAAGUAGAAUUCUUAUUACAACUAGAGACGAGCAAGUUCUGGCUGCACACCGAGUAAACUUGAUUUGUGAUGUCAAUCUGUUGUCCUAUGAAGAAUCCAUUUGCCUCUUUAGUAGAUGUGCAUUUGGGAGAGAGAUCCCUAUUCAAGGGUACGAAGAGCUUUCUGGAAAUGUGGUAUCUUAUGCUGCUGGUCUUCCAUUAACAAUAAGAGUUUUGGGCUCAUUUCUUUGUGGUAAGAACGAGCUUGAGUGGAAAGAUGCCAUAGACAGACUAAAAACGAUUCCCUUGAGGGAAACUCUUGAGAAAUUGGAAUUGAGCUAUAUUGGUCUAGAGGAGGAUUACAAAGAAAUAUUCCUAGAUGUUGCAUGCAUACUGAAAGGGUGGUACAAAGAUGAAGCAGUUGCAGUGCUUGAAAGCUGUGGAUUUCAUGCUAGAAAUGGCUUGAGAGUUCUUGAGCAAAAAUCUCUCAUUACUAUUUCUGAAAAUGGGUACUUGGGCAUGCAUGACCAUAUGGAAGAAAUGGGCAAAAAUAUUGUUCGUCGUUUGCACCCCGGUGAGCCUAAUAGACAUAGCCGAUUGUGGAUUCAAGAGGAAAUUGAAGAUAUAUUGACUAAUGAUUUGGGUACUGAAGCAACAAAAUGUAUAAAAAUGAAAAUAACUCGGGAUUACUGUCUAGAGACCUUUCUCAAAGGUCUUGGAAACAUGAAGAAACUUCGAGUUCUUGACAUGUCUGGAAGCGGAGAUGGCAUCAACACCAGAGAAGUACUUCGUCAGUGCUUACCAAAUGCUUUACGAUAUCUUAGAUGGGACCUUUACCCUUUCGAGUCUUUAAUGCAAUCUUUUUUAGAAGACCAUCUUGUUGGACUUUCCUUACAUGUUAGUAAAAUUAUAAGGUUCUGGAAAUGCGGAGAAAGAAAGGUUCUAAAAAAGCUGAGAUUCCUUGACAUGAAUUUAUCAUGUUUGAGAACUUUGGACCUUGAGAUGAUUCCGAAUCUCGAAAAAGUAAGUCUUGAAGAAUGUAGUGAUCUGGUAGAACUUCACAUACCCAAUGAAUGUCCAAAUCUCAAAUGUAUUAGCCUCUUGAAUUCAAUGUUGAGGAAUCUUAGCCUUGGGUCAUGCCCAAAUCUUGAGAUGUUAUCGCUUGAGGAAUGUCAUGAUUUAUUAGAACUUCGCAUGCCCUUUCGGUGUCCAAAGCUCAAAUCCCUCAGUCUUUAUUGCAUAAAGUUGAGGAACCUUGACCUUGGGUGGACUUCAGAUCUAGAGACUUUAAGUCUUAUAGAAUGUCGUGAUUUGGCAGAAUUUUGCAUGCCCAGUGAGUGUCCAAGGCUUAAAUGCCUAUGGCUCAUUAAUUCGGCAGUGAGGAACCUUAACCUUGGGUCGACUCCAUAUCUCGAGACGUUAUGGCUUGAAGAAUGUCAUAGUUUAUUAGAACUUCACAUGCCAUUCCGAUGUCCAAAGCUCAAAUCACUCAGCCUUAAUUGCUCAAAGUUAAGGACCCUUAACAUGGGGCAGACUUCAGAUCUCGAGACUUUAGUUCUUGAAGAAUGUCUUGAUUUGGUAGAGUUUCAAAUGCCCAAUGAGUGUCUAAAGCUCAAAUGGCUCUGGCUGAUGAAUUCAGCAUUGAGAAACCUUACCCUUGGGUUGACUCCAGAUCUCGAGACAUUAUGGCUUGAAGAUUGUCAUGAUUUAUUAGAACUUCACAUGCCCUUCCAAUGUCCAAACCUCAAAUCCCUCAACCUCAAUAAUACAAAACUAAGGACCCUUGAUCUUGGGUCGUGUCCAAAUCUGGAGACGUUAUCGCUUGAAGAAUGUCAUGAUUUAUUAGAACUUCGCAACCCCUUUCGGUGUCCAAAGCUCAAGUCCAUCAGCCUUUAUUGCUCUAAGUUGAGGAACCUUGACCUUUGGUUGAAUUCAGAUCUCGAGACUUUAAGUCUUGUAGAAUGUCGCGAUUUGGUAGACCUCCGUAUGCCUAAUGAGUGUCCAAAGCUUAAAUGCCUUUGGCUAAUUAAUUCAGCAUCGAGGAACCUUAGCCUUGGGUCAACUCCAGAUCUCGAGACAUUAUGGCUUGAAAAAUGUCAUGAUUUAUUAGAAAUUCACAUGCCCUUCCGAUGUCCAAAACUCAAAUCCCUCAGCCUUAAUUGCUCAAACUUGAGAACCCUUAACAUGGGGCGGACUUCAGAUCUUGAGACUUUAAUUCUUAAAGAAUGUCUUGAUUUGGUAGAGUUUCACAUGCCCAAUAAGUGUCCAAAGCUCAAAUGCCUCUGGCUGAUGAAUUCAGCAUUGAGGAACCUUAGCCUUGGGUUGACUCCGGAUCUCGAGACAUUAUGGCUUGAAGAAUGUCAUGAUUUAUUAGAACUUCACAUACCAUUCCCGUGUCCAAAACUCAAAUCCCUCAACCUCAGUAAUACAAAGUUGAAGACCCUAGAUCUUGCACAGACUCCGAAUCUCGAACAGUUAGAUGUUAAAGAAUGUUUCGAUUUGGUAGGACUUGACUCUCCCAUUGGAUGCCUAGAAAAACUUGUCUACUUGGACUUAAGUGAUUGUUUGGGCUUUAAAUGUUUUUUGUUUGACAAGAAGAUUCAAUCACCUGAGGUUGUUUCCUUACAUCUGAUUGCAGAGUCCAUAGAUAUAUGCCCAUUGCACUCUGACAGUAAUUUGCAAAAGUUUCAGUUUUCAUGUUUUUAUGAAGAACCAAUACCCUCUUCAUAUGGAAAUCUUGGAAAGCUUAUUUCACUAGGCAUCUGCACAUGCACAAACCUUGAGAGUUUCUCAAGAACUAUUUGUGAUUUACAAUGUGUAAGAAAGCUUACACUUGAAGGGAGUAUUCCUGAGGUGCCCCAAGACCUUGACCGAUUAGCAUGUCUAGAGGAGUUAUGUAUUUCGAAUGCAGAUAGAAUUAAAUAUCUUCCAGAUAGCAUCUGUAUGAUGAAACAUCUCAAAAAACUUGAACUCAAGUCUUGUUUGCUGCUUGAGAAGUUACCCGAGGAUCUAGGCCAGAUAGAAUGUUUAGAGAGGUUAAACCUAACUGUGUGUAUACUUUUACAAGAUAUACCAAACAGUAUCUGCAAGAUGACUCGUCUAAGACAAUUAUCUCUCUGCUAUUGUGCUGGAGUUGAUAAACUACCCGAGGAAAUUGGAAGUUUGGAGUGUUUAGAAGAGUUAAAUAUAGCAGGUACAAGUAUAAUGCGUCUUCCAGAGAGCAUCUUUUGGUUAAAAGGUUUGCGCAUAAUUUCCUCUACAGAAACCUCAGAAUACGACGAAAUGUACGUACCUUCGUAACAGAAAGCCAUGGAUUAGCAAUACAGGAACAGGUAUUUGGUUUAUUAUGAACAUUGGCAUCACCAUUUACAAAAGUGAUUUGUUGGAAAAAUCUGUGUCUGGCAUACAGAAGUUUUUUUACCGUUUUAAGGCCGCUUCAUGUCAUAUAUCAGUUUGAAUCUCGAAAAGUAUGAACUCCUAAGCUCAUGCUUCCAUAUGUCACAGUGGAUGAACAAUAAAUUUUCACUGUCUUCUGUAACGCUUCUUAAACAGAAUAACUGAGAUUCAUAAAUCAGUUUAAACAAGAUUACCAUUCAUGUCAUAUAAUCCACUAGCUUUCUUUUAGUAGUUCAUCAUCUACAGUUAUUUUGUUAGAUAAGAGACCAAGCUUGUUCUACUUUUACAUCAUGAGUGUAACUACGACGCCCAUAUGGAGAGGGGUCAUGUGCUCUGUUCUAAUUAUAAAUAGAUUAGAGUUGUUAAGACGGGAGCUUUUGUUAAUGCUUAGUCUAAACUAUUUUAGAUUGUAUUUGUUAGACAUCAGAUGCAAUAUAUACUUCAUCUAUUGAGGUUUU